UAUUGACUCGCCAGACAGAUAAGGAGGGUCAGCAAGACGCAAAUUAAACUUGGAGCAGUUUAUUCAGUUAAAAGAAUUACUUAAACCAAAACACGCGAUGGCAGGACUUCGUGACGUGGUUUUUACAGGAAUCUUUUUGUUUUUCCUCACACAGAGAAUAUCAUCAAAUAGUAAUCUUCCCAAAGAAAUUAAUGUUUUCGAUGCAGUGGGUCUUGGCAGUAAGGUUUUCCCAGGAGUUUCGUCAACAGCUGGACAAAACAACAAGAGUCCGGCAUAUCACUUCACACAAAAAACUGAUCACAUGAUUGCAAGUCAAAACGCAUUUGAAGAGGUUGACAAACUCAUCCACAACAGCAGUGAUUUUAUUGUCUCUGCUUACGCUAAGCUCGGGGCCAAGGAGAUCUACAAAAACCCUAUCGUUUCCAUUAAUUCAAAGGACGGCAAUCAAUUAUACUUCCUAUUGCAGAUCUCAGGGAAUGCACGAGGAUCAGGACUUGAAAUAGUUGUUACAGUGCAGACGAAGGGAGGAUCCCCCAAAAGAUUUGAAGCUUCGAGUAGCAGAUCCUUGGACUACACAACAUGGCACAAGAUAGCGGUUCGAAUCCAGGAAUCCGAAUCCCUGAUGAGAGUGUACGUGGAUGACAGCAUGAUCAACGUGUUUUCCUUUAGAUACACCCCUCAGCCAUACCCUAAAGAUGCACAGCUGCGUCUCGGACAGGUUUUCGAGGUGUACUUAGAAAACACUGGUGAAAUAACCUCACGAUUUAGGGGGGAUCUACAAGAUGUCAAAUUUGUCAGAGGGUCACCCCUUGGCGACUGCUCCAAGAUCGCAAAGUGUCAGUGCACUGAUGUCGUUGGCAAAAAGGACUGUGUAGUUGAUGGAUUGAAAUACGCGGACGGAAACCGCUGGACAAGGGAUAAGUGUAACAUUUGUCACUGCGAGUGGGGCCAGGUGAUUUGCACAUACACAUGCCAAGUCUGUAAGGAUAACGAUCAGACUUACAUGGAGGGCGAGACAUGGAAAUCAAGUAACGAUAGUUGUCAGACCUGCAAAUGUGAGGGUGGUAAGGUCACAUGUUCACCGCCAGUCUGCCCGAAGCCUGACUGCAGUGGAAAGUCAGGGGACGUUGUGACUCUCAAGGGACAGUGCUGUCCAAUUUGUAAAGAGGAUCAGUGUCGCGGUACUGGAAAAGUUUUUAAGUGUGGCUGUGACGCCACCUGUUCAAAUUAUGAUGGCCUCAAAUGCCAAUCAUGUACUCAGGGUUGUUUCUGCCCUGAAGGAAGAGUACUGAAUGGACAGGGAAAAUGUAUGGCAACUGCUCGCUGUGGUUGUUUGCACAAAGGAAAGAGAUACAAGUCAUUGGAGCAGUAUUCCGAUAGUUGCCAAUUCUGUUUAUGCCUCGGUGGGAAAAUGCAUUGUGACAAACAGUGUUAAGUCAUCGUUUGACCAAGGGACCCUUUUCUGAAAAGUCCUUGAUAAAUGUAGUAAGCCUGAUCUUCAUGAAUAUAUUGAUAUGUUAAGACUUAAUCAAAAAUAAAAUAACCAAAAAAAAAAACUAGAGAUUAUUAUCAGCAACAAAGUUCUUGGCCAAAGACAAAAAUUCAUAGCAAAGUGAUUGGAAAUGGAAUUUACCUCAUUCCUUUUUUCGUAAGUUUGUGAAGAAACGUGUAGGAUUGGUUAGUUACGCUCGAGCCUAUUGAAAAUUAGAAAUGAUCGUUUAAUUGAACCAUUUGAGGUCAACUUGACUUCUUUUUCCUAGGAGAUUGUAUUUCAUCGCAUAAAGAAAAAACAUUGCCGUCUUGUAGUAAUAUAAUACCAAGCCUUCAUAAGUACGCUUUGAAUUUACGUAUUACUUCAAUGUACUUUAAUUUAUUGAGAUAUCGUAUAGCCUGUAACAACUGGUUUCAAAGGAAGCCGAAUGUGUGAAAUAAAACAGAUUUUAUACGUUA